AUGGGACUCAGACUAGAGAUCAAGAAACAGGUUGGAAUGCAAGAGAUCCAUGACUUUCCUACCCUAGAGAAUAAGAGUAGGAUUUAUGAUGAGGAUAGUCGUGCUGAAAAGGCAUAUUAUCGAAACACUAGAACUAUAAAGGACAAGAGGCCUAUGCAUCAUAAUAGAGGAAACCCUUACUCUUUUCCUCCUAGUAAAUCUGGAAGUCGUCAGAAUUAUCAACAAUACAGUUUUUCAGGUGGAAAAGGAGCUAGUAGUGGUAACGGAAAAGGAAAAGGAAAGAAUUAUAGUUAUGGGAGUGGUAGAGGAAACCCUAAUGGACGAGGAGGUCACAUGGCAUAUGAAUGUAGAGAUGCUGAAAUUACUUGUUUUAAUUGUCAACAACAAGGCCACAUUAGCACCACAUGCUCAUACCCAAGGAAGACUCCACAACCUGGAAACCAGAGUUCCCAACCUAGCCAACCUAAAUCCAAUGGAAGAGUCUUUGCCGUCAGUGGUGCAGGAGCGUCUGAGAGAGACAACUUGAUCCAAGGUACAUGUCUCAUAAGUGAUACUGCUUUAUUUGUGCUAUUUGAUUGCGGUGCCACUCAUUCCUUUGUGUCUCUUGACUGUGUUAGACAUUUAGGACUACCUGUGUCUUCUUUGCAGUAUUGUUUGAUUGUGAAUACCCCAACUAGUGAUUCUGUUGAUACCUCUAGUGUUUGUCUUGAAAUUUCUAUCCAUGUGUGUGGAAGCGACUUCCGAGUUGACUUGGUGUGUUUACCUUUGCGUCUGGUCGAUGUGAUUCUUGGUAUGGAUUGGCUAUCUGCCAACCAUAUCCGCAUAGAUUUUUUUAGCAAAACCAUUGAAUUCAUGGAGUCAGAAGAGAGGGAUAAGUCUAGCAAUAUAUCCGCCAACCAAGUGAAGGCAAUCUUGAAAGAAGAUGCCCAGUUAUACAUGAUCCUAGCCUAA